AUGAACGAUUGGAUGGCCCCGAUCGAGGGCUUCGUUCGGCGCGCGUCGUCGCUGGUGACGGUGUACCAAGCGCCGGCGCCACCGAGCGUCGCGCCUGGGUCGAAGAUGGACGCGCUCGAAGCCGUCGUGCGUUGGCACCUCGGCGGCGAGACGUCGACGACGCUGGUCGUAAAAGAGGUGACGGAUGUCAUCGUGAAUGAGGUGACGAGCUUUCCGGCGAAUAAGCUCGUGGUCGGCGAAACGCCGAGCGUGGCGAUGCACGUGCCGGUGCCGUCGUUGCGGGCGGCGACGACGUUUCCAACCUCGACCAAGGCGUUGGCGGCGGGACGGAGCGUGGAGAAUCCUGGGAACGCGACGGCUGAGAUGCCGGUGAUGUUGCCGACUUGGGACCAUUGGACGCAACCGACGACGGCUUUGACGCUUCGGACGGUGCUAAUGGUGACAAGUGCGUUGGCGGCGGCGGGUGGAAUGCGUGUGGGGAGCGGCUCGGCAGACGAACAAGCAGCGCUAAAGAGUAAGAUUUACGUCUUGUUACCACAGUGUGCGACGAUGGGAGAUUUACGAACGGUGUUCGCUCGGCUCUGGCCCGAUAAUCCGUACGAGCUCGUCACGUACUCGCGAGAGGGGAUUUGGGAAAACGAAACGAGCGAGCUAUAUGCAAAACGGCGAAAAGGGCACAAGAAGCUCGUCAUGUUGUUGAAUAUUUCCGCCCCUGGGGACGAAGAUGCGGCUGAAUCCGACGGCGAAGCCAUGGUCAACACUGUUGAACUGUUGCUCGAAAAAGAAGUCCCAUUUGUGCAGCUCACGUUGUGGUUGGACAACUCACUUGCGGUGUCCGUGAAGACGGGCAAGGCGCGUAAUGUGGAGAAGGAACGGCUCAAGACCCUCAUGGAGGGUCGCACGAAGAUUCUCCUCGGUCGAUCGGUGAAACGCGUGCAGGCUAGAAAAAGUGUACUCCGGGCGUUUGAAGCGGCGCAAACCGACCCCCAAGGUCGUGCUCUUAUCGUUCUCGAGGAAGCGCUCAAAGAAGCACGCGCGCUCGGCGCCAUGCAGGAUGAAGGCGAAAAGUUAAUGAGAGACAUUCGUAGUAAGGCGAGCGCGGCCGAAGAGUUGGCGCUCGCGAAUGCCUUACGAGCAGCGUGUUUGCAGGUUCCUAUGGAUGUUCAGGCUUUGCAAGCGACUUACGCACGGGCUGAACAGUUCUUAGGUAACGCGACAGACGUCGCAGAGGACGUGCAAUCGAGCCUGGAUGAGUUCGACGACGUUGACGAAGCGGCGGCGUCUAUGUCCUACGACCCCGAUCCGUUUGCCGCUGUCAUAGACUCCAUCGCUGAUGAAGGCGGUAGCAAGAAGAAGAAAAGCGCGCGAAGCGCUUUGACAGCGGCGGUCAUUGGAGCCGAACGCGCUUUGCGCGCCGACGCGCUUGAAUCGGAUUUACGCGCUGCUCUAGCGGAUGAGACGAGUAGGAGCGUGGAAUCUGUGCCUAGGUUGGAGAAUUUAUUGCUACAGGCGGCUAAGCUUGCAUCGAACGGUCCGCCACUGACGCAAGAAGGCGCCGCAAAGCUGAACACUCUCGUGAGUCGAGUGCAGAGUCGAGCAACCGCGCUACAAGACAUGGAGGGUGCUCGCGCGGCGCUUCUCGAAGCGAUGAGGCCGUCGGCAAAUGGAAUCGAUCAAGCCGUCGGUGGGAUCACGUCCGAAGAUGUCAAAGUGCUAGAAUCAGCCCUAUCUAGGGCGCGUUCUUCUGCUUGGCCGUGGCAAUUGGAUGAAUUGAUUGAAAAAGCUGAACGAGUCCUCGUGAGGUGGCGACGUCUUGAACGUUUGGAGACGGCUAUUUUGAGUAGAAGUCGAACUGAACUUCGGUUAGCGCUCGAAGAGUCACAACGCGACCCAGAGUCGACGGACGUUGAUAUGCGUCGAGCAAAAGCUGUGCUGAGCGAGUUAGAAGCCGAAUCUGCGCUCGAAGGUGGUGACCAGCGUUUGCGCGCGUAUUUCGCGGCGAGCAAAGUCGCGUGGGCCACCGGCACGGUCACUCCUGAAAGCGCACAAAUGCUACUCACGCUGAGAGAAAGCUUGGAUAUUACGCAAGCCGAACAUGAACAGAUUCAACGCAUGGCGAAUGCGGCAAGUGGGUUGGUGAAGCCAUCAAAGUCUUCGACUCCAAAGAUGUCUGGAAUGAGCUCAAAAAAGCCUGUACGGUUCGCAGGCCGAGACAACGGCGUGCGUGGUCCGUUGUUCGAAUCUGCUGAAACCGAACUUAUGGCAAGCAGUGACAGUGAAGACUUCGAAGACGUUAAACUCGCGUGGGCGAACGCGGUGCCGGACGAAGAUGGUGUCGGGGAAAUGACGGAUGAUACGUCGGACGGCACGAGUGGCUGGCGUCGCGUCGGCGAAAGCAUCAUUUAUAACGAGGAAGAAGUCAUCGGUGUCGGCAGCGCGGGUACUUACGUUUUUCGAGGAUACGUUAGACACACUUCGCGUGCAAGGCACGCCGUUGCAGUCAAAAGAAUCGCGCGCCCGCCUGGCGAGAAGGGUCGUGAUCUCGUGCAACUCGUCGAACGCGAAGUCGAGUUGAUGACGGCACUCAAUCAGUCACCAUUGGUUCCGUUCUUCCACUGCUGGGGUAUCACGAGUUCUAACGUCUUCAUCGCACAAGAGCUCUGUCCAGAGUCGCUUCGCGAGCACAUCGCGCGCCAGCCGAAUCUCUUGGCGGCGAAACGAAUCAAGUUGCUGAAAGGCGUCGCCGAAGGCAUCGCAUGGCUUCACGACGACGGCAAGACGCAAGGGUGCAUCACACAUAACGAUUUGAAGCCAGAAAACUUGCUUGUGACUUCAAAUGGCAAGGUAAAAAUCGCCGACGUCGGUCUCGGCGUGCGACUUCGCAAAGAAGAGGGCGACUCUGAUCAAUACUCGUUGGGUACGUUCAGCAAGUACGGCAUCUCCAUCGUCUUGGCCGGGCGUGCGCCCGAAAUCUUGGCUCGAAAGCCCUUGACACCCGCGGCGGAUAUUUGGGCGAUGGGUGUCGUGUUCUUUUACGUCCUCACCGGGUUCAACUCUCCAUUUGGUGAAGACCCGAAUGUGAAGCCGAGCGACGACGAGAUUCUCAACGGUCGUUACAACUUACAACGACUCAUGAAUGCAAACGACAUGCCGCCCAGACGCGCGAUUGAGGCGCGCCAUUUGCUUUCGGCGAUGUUAUCGCCCAACCCGGCGAUGCGGCCGACGGCAGAAGGAGUACUGAAUCAUCCACUGCUGUGGGACGACGACACCGUCCUUGAAAACUUGAGCGACCUGCACGCGGGAUCCGCCAAGCUACAAACCAGCCUGACGAGCGUGCUUCAGAGUGUCAACACAAAAGCGCUCUUGGGCGGUGACAGCGAACGAGGCGCACUUCUCGCCGCGGUAUCCAUGGACCUCCAAGAUUGGCAACGUCAAAUCGAACCAGCCCUCUUGUCGCGCGUGGUAAACUUUGCGCAGCGAAACGGCGACGGCGUCCCGCACUCGUCGGACGCCAACAACCACAAGCAAAAACCGCCGCGAGGUCAAUCUUCGGAGCAAAGCACCAAGCCCUACCGCGCUGGCUUCGCUGAUCUCUUAAGAUUCUGCCGAAACGUCCACGAGCACCCGCCCGAGACCAACAAGGAGCUCGCCCCGCUUCUUCGCAAGCUCGCCGACGCCGACGCCCUGCCUUUCGGCGUCGAUCUCGACGCCUCCGCGCGUUCCUACACUCGCGAUCAACGUCGCGCGAUUUUUGCCGCGUACGUCACGCUCACCUUCCCCGGCCUUCCCCUCGCCGUGCACGAGUGCGCCGCCGCCGUCGCGCACCCGUCGUCGCCCUCGCGUCCGAAUCAGGCCGCGUCCAAAACGCAAAAUUCUUUUCCUUCUUAG